CGCCGCCGUCGCUGCCGCCUCCGCUGCCGCUAGUGGGAGAAGAUGGCGGAAGGCGGAGCGGCGGACCUGGACACCCAGCGUUCUGACAUCGUGACGCUGCUCAAAACCUCGCUCCGGAAAGGGGACACCUGAAGUUUCCGGUGCCUGCAGGAUGGCUCAGCAUUAAAGGCACUUGAUACCCAAACUUGAUGUCCUAAGCUCCGCCCCAGGAUCCCACAGUGGAAGGGGAGAAUCAAUUCCUGAAAGUUGUUCUCUGGCCUUCGUGUGCUCCAUGUGAUUUGGUAUCUAGUAGAUAGUCGCUGGUUCAAACAGUGGAAAAAAUAUGUUGGCUUUGACAGUUGGGACAAAUACCAGAUGGGAGAUCAAAAUGUCUAUCCUGGACCCAUCGAUAACUCUGGACUUCUCAAAGAUGGUGAUGCCCGGUCCCUUAAGGAGCAUCUUAUUGAUGAGCUGGAUUACAUACUGUUGCCAACUGAAGGCUGGAAUAAACUUGUCAGCUGGUACACGCUGAUGGAAGGGCAAGAACCAAUAGCAAGAAAGGUGGUAGAACAGGGUAUGUUUGUAAAGCACUGCAAAGUAGAAGUAUAUCUCACAGAGUUGAAGCUCUGUGAGAAUGGAAACAUGAACAAUGUUGUCACCCGGAGAUUUAGCAAAGCUGACACAAUAGAUACGAUUGAGAAGGAGAUAAGAAAAAUCUUCAAUAUUCCAGACGAGAAGGAGGCCAGACUGUGGAACAAGUAUAUGAGUAACACGUUUGAGCCGCUGAAUAAGCCGGACAGCACUAUCCAGGAUGCCGGCUUGUACCAAGGACAGGUGUUAGUGAUAGAACAAAAAAAUGAAGAUGGAACGUGGCCAAGGGGUCCCUCUACUCCUAAGUCCCCAGGUGCAUCCAAUUUUUCAACUUUACCAAAGAUCUCUCCUUCAUCUCUAUCAAAUAAUUAUAACAACAUCAACAACAGAAAUGUGAAAAACUCAAAUUAUUGUCUCCCAUCAUAUACUGCAUAUAAGAACUAUGAUUACUCAGAACCUGGAAGAAACAAUGAACAGCCAGGCCUCUGUGGCUUGAGUAACCUGGGAAAUACGUGUUUCAUGAACUCAGCUAUCCAGUGUUUGAGCAACACACCUCCACUUACUGAAUAUUUCCUCAAUGAUAAGUACCAAGAAGAACUGAAUUUUGACAAUCCCCUAGGAAUGAGAGGUGAAAUAGCUAAAUCAUAUGCUGAGCUGAUCAAGCAGAUGUGGUCUGGAAAGUUUAGCUAUGUCACUCCAAGAGCAUUUAAGACACAAGUAGGACGUUUUGCACCUCAAUUCUCUGGAUAUCAACAGCAAGACUGCCAGGAACUACUAGCUUUCCUAUUAGAUGGAUUACACGAAGAUUUGAAUAGAAUUAGGAAAAAACCAUAUAUACAGUUAAAAGAUGCUGAUGGGAGGCCGGAUAAGGUGGUUGCUGAAGAAGCCUGGGAAAACCAUUUAAAAAGAAAUGAUUCUAUCAUAGUAGAUAUAUUUCAUGGCCUUUUCAAAUCUACUUUAGUGUGUCCUGAGUGUGCUAAGAUCUCAGUAACCUUUGAUCCUUUCUGCUACUUGACACUUCCAUUACCUAUGAAAAAAGAACGUAGCUUGGAAGUUUAUUUAGUUAGAAUGGAUCCACUUACUAAACCUAUACAAUACAAAGUUAUUGUGCCCAAAAUUGGAAAUAUACUAGAUCUUUGUACAGCGUUGUCUGCUUUGUCGGGAGUGCCUGCAGAUAAGAUGAUAGUCACUGACAUAUACAAUCAUAGAUUUCACAGGAUCUUUGCCGUGGAUGAGAACCUCAGCAGCAUUAUGGAGCGGGAUGACAUUUACGUGUUUGAGAUUAACAUCAACAGGACAGAAGACACAGAACAUGUGGUUAUUCCUGUUUGCCUACGAGAAAAAUUCAGACACUCAAGUUAUACUCAUCAUACUGGCUCUUCACUGUUUGGCCAGCCUUUCCUUAUGGCUGUACCACGAAACAAUACUGAAGAUAAGCUCUAUAAUCUCCUACUCUUGAGAAUGUGUCGGUAUGUCAAGAUGUCUACUGAAACUGAGGAAACUGAUGGACCCCUGCGCUGCUGUGAGGACCAGAAUAUUAAUGGGAAUGGUCCAAACGGCAUACAUGAAGAAGGCUCACCAAGUGAAAUGGAAACAGAUGAACCGGAUGAUGAGUCCAGCCAGGAUCAAGAACUUCCCUCAGAGAAUGAAAAUAGUCAGUCUGAAGAUUCCGUUGGAGGAGAUAAUGAUUCUGAAAAUGGAUUGUGUACUGAAGAAACUUGCAAAGGUCAACUUACGGGACACAAAAAGCGAUUGUUUACAUUCCAGUUCAACAAUUUAGGCAACACUGACAUCAACUACAUCAAAGACGACACCAGGCAUAUAAGAUUUGAUGAUAGACAGCUCCGGCUAGAUGAAAGAUCUUUUCUCGCUUUGGACUGGGAUCCUGACUUGAAAAAGAGAUAUUUUGAUGAGAAUGCUGCUGAGGAAUUUGAAAAACAUGAAAGUGUGGAAUAUAAACCUCCAAAGAAGCCCUUUGUGAAAUUAAAAGACUGCAUUGAGCUUUUUACAACAAAAGAGAAACUAGGUGCUGAAGAUCCCUGGUAUUGUCCAAAUUGUAAAGAGCAUCAGCAAGCCACAAAGAAGUUAGAUUUAUGGUCCCUGCCUCCAGUGCUUGUGGUCCAUCUCAAGCGGUUUUCUUAUAGUCGGUACAUGAGAGACAAGUUAGACACUUUAGUUGAUUUUCCAAUCAAUGAUUUGGAUAUGUCAGAGUUCCUAAUUAAUCCAAAUGCAGGCCCUUGCCGCUAUAAUCUGAUUGCUGUUUCCAACCACUAUGGAGGGAUGGGAGGAGGACAUUAUACUGCUUUUGCAAAAAAUAAAGAUGAUGGAAAAUGGUACUAUUUUGAUGACAGUAGUGUCUCCACUGCUUCUGAAGACCAAAUUGUGUCCAAAGCAGCGUACGUGCUCUUCUACCAGAGGCAGGACACUUUCAGUGGAACUGGCUUCUUCCCUCUCGACCGAGAGACUAAAGGUGCUUCAGCUGCCACAGGCAUCCCCCUGGAAAGUGAUGAAGACAGCAAUGACAAUGACAAUGACAUAGAAAACGAAAACUGUAUGCACACCAAUUAAUGAAAGUCCAAGAAGCCAUAGAAGAGAGACUUUCCUGCUGGCGGUGUACGUGGAAAUGAAGUCACCCACCACAAUAAAACAGAAGUCUGAGAUGAGGAGUUUCAGAUAACCGAAUGUAAAUCCUUUAUCAGAUUUUAACUUGUGCAGUACUUGAAGUGAAACACAAUGAAAACUUUAACAGAAAUUGUCUCUUAAUACAUUUACAGUCUUGUAUUUACAAGCUAAAUAUAUAUAGGAAAUCACAAAUAAAUCCCUUUUAAGUUUGC